GUCUAUCAGUCCCCUCUAGAGACAGAGAAAUCUAGAGAGAGAGAGUAUCUCUGCGUGUCCUCUUCAUAUAUUUACAGACUCCCCAACGGUUCUUUCUCCCUUUUAUUUGGUUUAGUUUAGCCUCGUGACCCCUUUCUCUGCAAAACCUCUCCACCUCUAUAUCUCUGCCCCCUCCUCUGUUUUUGGCUAAAAAAAUUUCAGUAUAAUACUCCCUCCUCGACCUCGUUUCCCUUAUUCGGCAACUUUCCUUUCUUAGAUAUUUCCCGUUCGAUUUGGCCAAUACCCAGUUUCCAUCCAAGUUUUAGUUUCUUUCUUCUAGGGUUUUGGGAAUGCUCUGUUUUCUGAGAAUUUAAUUUGAUUUGAUUGAGCGAGAGCAAGCGUGUUUCCUUCUUAUUCAUAGCUUUCGAGGUUUGUUUCUUCGGUUGUUGAAACCCAAACAGGGAACUUUGAUUCCUUGUUUUUUUCGACUACAACUUUGAUUCCUUGUUCUUCUUAAAUCUUGAUUGCGGAUUUCAAUAUUCAAUUUCUCUAGUGCGUUCCUGUUUCUAUUUUAUUCCAAAAGCUUCUGGGCUUUGGCCUUUUCCUAGUGUCUUCUUUUUUUUACCGAAAUAAAUUAAGACCCUUUUGUUUGUUGUACUUUUCAGUUAAGGGUUUAGGGUUUUGUACCUAUUUUUCCUUUAGUUGGAAAUUUUUGGCUUUUUUCAGUCCUUCAAGUUUCAUUUAGAAAACCUCUCUGGGUUUUAGUCUUCAUCUCAGUUCUAUGACUCCAAAUCCUCUGUUUUCUCUGGGCUUAAACCCAACCUGAAUUUGGGGAAGUUUCAAACUUCAACCUUGAAUUUCUGUCAGUUAAGUCUUCCUUGAAAUCAUCCCCAAAUGUCUUCGUGUUUUACCGGUGGCGGAAGAACCUAUGCAUUUGAGCUUGACAUAGUCAAAUCCCCUUCCACUUCAACCCGGACUUCACAAACAUCCUCACCUUCUUCCACUCUCUCGGAAUCAAGCAAUUCGGCACUCGCAAUCUCCACCCGAAAACCCCGCACCCCUCGAAAACGCCCCAACCAGACUUACAAUGAAGCCGCUGCAUUACUCUCCACUGCUUACCCCAACGUCUUCUCCACCAAAAUCCUCACAAAUCCUCGCAAAUCCACCAAACCCCACGACUCCUUCCUCGACCCAUCUUCCGAACUGCUCCUCCCUUUCAGACUCAUCGACAAUUCCGCCACUUUCCUCCUCCACAACCCCCCCAUCCGAGAAAAACCCAAUUCCCGAUUCGAGCCGAAAGCCAUCAAUUCAUUUGAAAAGUCUUGCAAUUCGCCCGGGGAGUUCAAUUCCCCGGUGAAUUUCGACCCCAAUCCCAACUCCUCCAUGGAGCUCUGCGAUGACUUCGACGCGGAAUCUAUGCUGGACGAGGAAAUUGAGGAGGGUAUUGAUAGCAUCAUGGGGAGUAGCACCAGCAUGAACAUCGAUUCCGUCGAUGAGUCCACCAGCAGUGACCCAAUGAUGACGGACUCCUGCUAUGGCUACCCAAUGGGGUUGGGAUUUGGCGGGAAUUUCGAACUCGGGUUCGGAUUCAGAAGAGGAGGAGUGAGACCGUUGAGGCAAGUCGACGAUGGAGUGAAUUGGUGGAGUUUCCCGACCGUCGAUGUUGUUGAAAUCUCGCCCAGAUUCAACAAAUCUCGGCCGUCUGUUCCGGCUCCGUCGGCCCCACCUUCUGCCGGGAAGAAGAAGAAGAAGAAGAUGGAGAAGCUAGCGGUGGUGGAGUCCAAGCUGGCGGAGUUGCCGCUGAAGGAGAAGAGUCCGAAGGAGGAGUCGGAGCCUGGGCUGAUGCUGAAGCUGGACUACGACGACGUUUUGAGUGCUUGGUCCGACAAAGCGUCGCCGUUUCCGGAGGAGCUGCAGGGCGGCGCUGAUGGAAACGACGUCUCUGCCAGACUGGCGCAGAUUGAUUUAUUCACGGAUGCCGGUGGUUUGAGAGAGGCUAGCGUGCUCCGCUACAAGGAAAAGCGACGUACGCGCCUCUUUUCGAAGAAGAUCAGGUAUCAAGUCCGCAAAGUCAAUGCUGAUCGACGGCCAAGAAUGAAGGGUAGAUUUGUGAGAAGGCCAAACUCUAGCACAAAUGGUCAAAGACAAAAGGAAAUAUGAAUGGUAUUUUUUAGGAUUGAGGCCAUAACACUUCUACACAGCUCUGCCAGUUCUAUUUUGUUGUAUUAAUUAAUUAGUUUUUCCAGUUUUUGUUAAUUUUUUUUUUAUUUCUUACGUUUCUCACACUAAGAAAGAAGCCAAAGAGAUAUGGAGACUAGCUAAUUGAUCGAGAAGAGGAGCAUAGAGAACAACAACAACUUUUGGUCUAGGUUCUCAUUUUUUAUAUAUGUGUUUCUCUUUUUGUUCUUCUAGUCUUUAAGCAAAAGGACGGUUGGUUCCAAAGUCAUGAUAAAAUACCUUUUUGUAGGUAGAGAGUUUUUGUUGGAGGCAAAAGUAACCAUAAUUCCAUAAAUGAAGUCAUGUUACUUGA